AAAAAUGUAAUACGCGAGAGUAUUUAUGAGUAGCGUGAAACUUCAACACGACGUCGUGUUCCCGCUCUCCAAGACUUCAACGGUCACAAAACUCUUGAGCUACUUCUAUUCUGCAUCCGCCGAACCACCGUCUUUCUCGCCGCCGAUACGUUAACCUUUGCCUCUCGAGAUAAAAAUGCCAAAAGUUAAGACAAGCCGAGUUAAAUACCCAGAAGGCUGGGAAUUAAUUGAACCAACACUCCGGGAACUUCAAGCCAAGAUGAGGGAAGCUGAGAAUGAUCCACAUGAUGGAAAAAGAAAAUGUGAGACUUUGUGGCCUAUAUUUAAAAUUGCACACCAGAAGAGUCGCUACGUAUUUGACCUCUACCACCGGAGGAAGGAAAUUUCUAAAGAAUUGUAUGAGUUCUGUUUAGACCAAGGAUAUGCCGACCGCAAUCUGAUUGCAAAAUGGAAGAAGCCUGGCUAUGAACGUCUAUGUUGCUUGAGGUGCAUGCAGCCACGCGAUCACAAUUUUGCCACCACUUGUGUUUGCAGAGUACCGAAGCAACUUAGGGAGGAGAAGGUUAUAGAGUGUGUUCAUUGUGGUUGCAAGGGCUGCGCAAGUGGGGACUGAUUGGACACCAAUUCUAGUAUCAGGAGGGUUUGUUAGAAUCAUUUUGUUGUGUUUUCUGUUGUUGAAACCCUCAUGGAACUCAACUUCUCCUGGUUGUACUAAUGUUUACUAGUUUCACAAGAGAUAUUAAUUGGAAUAUUAGUUAAUUAUGCAUCAUCUGCACAGUUCAAAAUCUGAAUGGGGUUCUGUACUUUAACAUUGAUAAUCUGACGUGUACUUUUGCUCGAUA